AUGGACUCCCUGCCACCUCCCGCGUCGCUCAACCCAGCCGACACGCUCACGCCACCGCCCCCUAGCGCGACCGCUCUCUCCGCCGCAGGCGCAAACCGCCCCGCAGGCGGCACCGCCCGCGCCUCGGGCAUCAAAACUCCCCGCAAGGUCCAAUGGGCCGCCGAUACCCAGCAAACCCUGACCGCCCAGCCCUCGAGCUCCUCCAUCCACGAGCUCGACGAGCACGGCCUCGACCCCGCCGCAUUUCAAAGCCUCACGCAUGCCCUCGAACAACACCGCUUCACCUCCGUCUCCCCCAACCCUCUCUCCAACACCGGCACCGGCGGCUACUUCAACAGCAACCCCCACCCCCACCAAAGCCACCACCACAGCCAGAGCCAUGGCCACGGCCACCACGGCCACCACCACCACGCCGUCCCCCCACUGCCCCCCUUACACAUCGCCUCCCCCUCCUCCACGAACAUCAGCGCCGCCUCCACCCCCGGCGGCUCGUCCCCGCAAUACGACGUCCCAGGCGAGAACUACAUCGACCGCGACGAGCGCGCGGGGCUCCCCGGCCGCAACGCAGAGCGCUACUCCCACGCGCGCGCAGCCAAGGUCGUCGGCGCACACAAGAGCGGCCUGUUCGGCUUCGGCGCGCUCAGGUUCGGCGCGCAGGGCCGCAGGAAGCACAGGCGCGCGCGCUCGCGGGACGCGUCGAGCGACGUCGAGGCGGGCGCGGAGACGCCGAAUGCGGCCCCGCGGCGCCCGCUGGGGUCCGGCGUGCUCUCGGCGCUGCUCACGCUGUACGACAGCCCGCACGCGGACGCGAACUCCGAGGCGUCGUCCCCCGUGCGCCGCUCGUUCGAGGAGCGCGAGCGCGAGCGCGAUCGGGACCGCGGGCGCAGCCGCGAGCGGCCGACGUUCUCGCGCGGGUUUUCGUUCGAGACGCUCGGCCGCUCGUUCACCUCCUCGAGCCUUGGCUCGCUCGCGUCGACGGCGCGCUCGCCGGGCGGCGUGGGCGGCGGGCCCGAGGGCGGUGGCGGCGGCGGCGGCGGCGGCGGAGGUGGAGGUGGUGGUGGAGGGCGCGGGAGCGGGUCGUCGAUCUAUCGCGGAUUCGGGCUCGGCGACUCGCGGCCCGCGCAGACGCGGAGCGCGGCGGGCGUGUUUGGCCCGCUGAUCGCGUCGACGGGGAACAUCGCGGGCGUCGCCGCGCCCGGCGCGACGAUGAUCGCGCCCAACGUGAAGCGGCCCGGGUACUCGCUCGAGAGCAACAUGCCGUCGCGCGCGCGCACGCCGGCAAAGGCGCUCCCGCGCCCGCGCAGCAUGCACUUUGAGACGCUCGCGCAGGCCCAGGCGGCGGGGACGGACUCGCAGCCGUCCUCGUUCGAGACGGCGUCCGCGGGCACCGCGACGCCGCUGAUGGGGCACCACUACCACCACGCGCACCCGGGCGGCGGCGGGUCGUCUGUGUUCCCGAGCGCGACGGGCCGCCAGAAGUGGACGGACGUGCUGAAGGACCUGCCGAAGCGCGGCUGGACGGCGUCGCGCGCGGGCACGCCGUCGACGCCGGGCACGGAGACGGAGGCGGAGGAUUAUUGGAGCGAGAAGAUGGACGAGAGGAAGAGGGAGCGGAAGCGGAAGCGGAAGAAGGCGGAGAUCUACAUCACGCGCCAUGUGGCGGAGAUCAUCCAGCGGCAGGAGUUCAUCCUCAAGCUCGCGCGCGCGAUGAUGAUGUUCGGGGGGCCGACGCAUAGGCUGCAGGCGCAGAUGCAGUCGACGGCGCGCGUGCUCGACAUCGAGCUCUCGUGCAUGUACCUCCCGGACGUGAUGCUCAUCUCGUUCGACGACGCGGCGACGAGCACGUCCAACAUCAAGUUCAUCCGCCAGAGCUCCGCGCUCGACAUCGGCAAGCUGCAGGAGGCGCACAAGCUGUACUGGAAGGUCAUUCACGACGAUAUAUCGGUGAAAGACGCGUCUGCGGCGCUGGACGAGCUCAUGCGCCGCAAGCCGCUGUACAACGUGUGGCAGAUCAUCUUCUUCGGCGGUAUGGCCUCCGCCUCCAUCUGCAGCGUCAGCUUCAAGGGCUCGUUCAUCGACUGCCUCGCCUCGUUCCCCCUCGGCGCCCUCCUCGUGUCCAUCCAGCUUCUCUCCGUCCGUAACGAACUGUAUUCUAACGUAUUCGAAAUCACCGUUGCCACUCUGCUCAGCUUCUUGUCGGCCGCGCUCGCGUCCACACACCAUUUCUGCUACUCUGCCAUCGCUUCUAGCUCCGUCGUGCUCAUCCUUCCCGGUUUCAUCGUGCUCUGCGGCAGCCUCGAGCUCAUGUCGCGCAACAUCGUCUCCGGCGCCGUCAGACUGUGCUUCGCCUGUGUCUAUUCGCUCUUCCUCGGAUUCGGCCUCGCCAUCGGCGCCGAAGUAUACCAGAAGAUAACGAAAAAAUCGAUCGUCGGGCCGGAGGACUAUAAUUGCGUGCAGAGCCACUCGAGCGAUAUCUGGUAUCAGAGCACGCCCUCGCUCUGGUGGACGUUCCUCACGGUGCCGAUGUUCUCGCUAUUCCUGAGCCUGCGGAACCAGGCGCCGUGGAAUCGAAAAGAGCUGUUCAUGCUCGUCAUCAUCUCGUGCGUCGGCUGGGUCACGAACCACUUUACCGGGACGAAGUUCAGUGGGCAGAACGACAUCAGCGCCGCCGUCGGCGCGUUCGCGGUCGGCGUGGUGGCGAACGUGUAUGGCAGGCUGUUUCGCGGGAACGCGUUCGUGGUCAUGAUCACCGGCAUCCUGUUCCAGCUGCCGUCCGGCCUCGGCAACGGCGGCCUGCUCACGUUCGCGUCGCAGCAGACGUCGGGCGUGUCCACGUCCUACGUGUCCGGCUUCCAGACCGCGCUGCAGCUCAUCUCGGUGUCCAUCGGGCUCACCGUCGGCCUCGGCAUCUCUCUCGUCCUCGUGCACCCCAUCCAGUCGCGCAGGCGGCGCGGCGGCGUCUUCAGUCUCUGACCUAUGCGCGCCGUCAUCUCAUCCCCUACAUUUACACCUCUAGACGCUUAUCUCUUGCUUCCAUGUAUCAUGUCCUUAUAUGCUUGCGUCCCGUCCUUGUGCUUGUUUAGUUGUUUGUUUGCUUGCUUGCUUGUUUUUUGGCUUCAUUCGUUUUGGGAACAUCAUGGACAUUAUGAUCAAUUUAACUCUCCCCACUUGUACACACCCCCCAUCUCGCUCCGCCGCACCACGCCACGCCCCCAGCCCCGCCUUGACGCCUACGCCUUCUCACUGUCACGAUCUGACGCCCGCGCCCUCCACAUAGACAUCAUUUGCUUAGAUAGAUCUCGCUCGUUUUCCAGCUUCGCGAUCGCCGGUUACGGUAAUCGGCUACCUCGCGCACCUGUUCGUCUGUUCGGCGGGAUGAUAUAUAUACGCGAACCCGUUCGAUUCGUACGUGGCUUGUGAAUAACGCUUUAUUGUUACAUCGUAUCUUUCGUAUUUAAAACACGCUAGACAACAUGCAAACGACCGCGUUUGCGCUUAGAUUCCUCGACUGACUCGGUUAAUGUUCAUUCAUUCGUUCGUUCAUUCGUUC